AUGCGGAGCGCGUGGAUACUGCUCACUUGUGGCUUGGUGGCCUACGUGUCCGGGGAGUCGAGAGCUGAAUUGACCUCUGAUAAAGACCUGUAUCUCGACAACAGCUCUGUUGAAGAAGCAUCAGGUGUCUAUCCAAUUGAUGACGACGAUUAUUCUUCUGGGUCCGGCUCAGGAGCUGAAGAAGAUGAAGAUAAUACAGUGAUAGCAACGUCUAGAACACUUCCAAAGAUACCGUCAACUAGUGAUGCGCCUAAAGCUGAGACAACUACACUGAAAACACAGACCAAGAUUCCUGCACAAACUAAGUCACCUGAAGAAAUUGAUGACAAAGAGGAAAUUCACAAGACUAACUCUAACGCUAACAAAAAUAAGAACGACCCAGGUGAUGACGCUGAUGUAUUUACUGAGAAGCACUCAGAAAACCUCUUUCAGAGAACAGAAGUACUUGCAGCUGUUAUUGCUGGUGGAGUUAUUGGCUUUCUCUUCGCAAUUUUCCUUAUCUUGCUGUUGGUAUAUCGCAUGAGGAAGAAGGAUGAAGGCAGCUACGACCUUGGUGAACGUAAACCAUCCAGUGCUGCCUAUCAAAAGGCACCUACUAAGGAGUUUUAUGCAUAA